AGACCGACUUCUUCGAGCACGCGGAGUACGUCUGUACUGUCAUAUUCUUGAUCGAGUUGGGCCUUCGCAUCUGGGUCUACCGCUCAAACUUUUUCACGGAUCGCCGCGAGCGGGCGUGGAACUUGUUCGACUCCUUCUUGGUCAGCAUCUCGGUUAUCGACGCAGUGGUCAACCUGAGUCUCUCAGUUGGUGGCAAGCAGAUGAUACGGCUUGCUGCUCCACGCCGUCUGCGUCUCUCAGAACUUCGAGGACUCCUCGUGGUGAUCGCGGUGCUCGUGGUGAUGGGAGGCGGCGCCGAGCUCCGCCGGUUUCCUGGGCAAGCUCCUGCGGAUCAUCCGCGUGGCCAGGAUCAUGCGCAUUUUGCGCACUGUGAGG